AAGGAUGAGAAAUGGAGUAAGGAUUUUGAUCCCAAGCUACAAGCUUUGCUCAGUGACCUGGAGGCUGGUCUAGGCAGUGUGCUGAGAAGGCCUGUGUCUAGCAGAGAGGGUUCUAAGUCUGGUGGAGAAGACAACCUGCAAGGUAUUGUAAUCCCCAGUGAUGAGUUUCAGUUCUGGGCAGAAAUCGCAGAGGGCAGAUGUAAACCUAACAUCAAGGAAAGAGCGGGUCAUUUUACGAAUCUCUUUCAAACUAUUGAAAAGUAUUACAAUAGUCUGGAUAAUCUGCCCUUGGCUGAGGUGGUGGAAUUGGUAGAAACUACAAAGGAAACAGUGGAUGACGUGUGGAGACAAACUGAGCAUGAGCCAUUUUCUGAGCACCGGAUGAAGCACUUGUUGGAGAUCAUUGGAAAUGCUUUGGGCAGAAGUGUUCAGAAGAACCUUGGAGCAAUGAACCUCUGGACAGACCCAUUCCCUGUAGUGAAGGAGAACCUGCGGGCAGGAAUCAGUGUCUGUGAGCAGUGGACAGCAGCAUGUGAAUACCUUACUGGUCAGCUGUGGCAGCGCUACACUCCACACCCCUGGAAGAAUGAGAAAUAUUUCCCAGAAUUCCUUUACAAACUAGGCAAACGUCUGGAAGAGGUGUUCACUAUAAGAAUCAUGUAUGAAAAGUUGGCCCAUUUCCUGCCCACUGGUGAAGAUCGUACUCAGCGAUAUGGGAAA